AAGCUUGGGAGCGCCGGCACUGGGGAGGGACGGCCGGAUGUGAGUGGAGCGGCCAUUUCCUGUUUCUCUGCCGAUUUCCCCAGCUUUGGGUGGUGGCCGCUGCUGGGCUUCGGCUUCCCGUAGGCGGAAGGCGAGGCGGCGUGGACUGCGGCCCCGGCACCCUGCGUCCUGCCGCCCGCAGCCGCGCGCCCGCCUGCCUCUUGCGCCCCGAGCCCGCCGCUUCUCGCCUGUGUGCCCGGUCGCCGCCUCCGCCGCGGCCCAGCGAGCGGCCCAGAUGCAGGCCAUCAAGUGUGUGGUGGUGGGAGACGGAGCCGUAGGUAAAACCUGCCUGCUGAUCAGCUACACGACCAAUGCAUUCCCCGGAGAGUACAUCCCCACCGUCUUCGACAACUACUCUGCCAACGUCAUGGUGGAUGGCAAACCGGUGAACCUAGGCUUGUGGGACACCGCUGGACAAGAGGACUACGACAGACUACGCCCCCUGUCCUACCCGCAGACAGACGUGUUCCUGAUCUGCUUCUCUCUCGUGAGUCCCGCCUCGUUCGAGAACGUCCGCGCGAAGUGGUACCCUGAAGUGCGACACCACUGCCCCAACACCCCCAUCAUCCUGGUGGGGACCAAGCUCGACCUCAGGGAUGACAAGGACACGAUCGAGAAACUGAAGGAGAAGAAGCUGACACCCAUCACCUACCCGCAGGGCCUGGCCAUGGCGAAGGAGAUCGGCGCGGUCAAGUACCUGGAGUGCUCGGCGCUCACGCAGCGAGGCCUCAAGACCGUGUUCGACGAGGCCAUCCGCGCCGUCCUCUGCCCGCCCCCCGUCAAGAAGAGGAAGAGGAAGUGCCUGCUGCUGUAGACGCUGGCCCCGCCGCCCGCCCGGGCGCCCGCGUGCGCUUUGCUCGAGAACGACGGAGCCUUCGCACUCAAUGCCAAGUUUUUGUUACGGAUUAGUUUUUCCAUAAAACCAUUUUGAACCAAUCAGUAAUUUUUAGGUUUUAUUUAAACAAAUAAGUGUAAGAGUUAAAACUUUCAUAUUCUAUUAAAACGUAGCCCUAAAAUGAUAAGCUUUCUUAAAGCCUUAUUUUUCAAAAGUCCCUAUUCUUGCUCAGAUUAAGAGUUGCCAAAAUACCUUGUGAACUAAGUUGCAUUGUUGUGCUAAGAACACUAAGCACUAAACCGUUUCAAGACCUUUGUCUUCGAGAAGACUGUAGCUUCUGCAGGUAGGGAAGGCAGGCACUUUCUGACGACUCUCACACGGGAGAAGUUCAGCCUCUCUCAUGAAAUGUUGCCAUUUAACGCAUCGGUAAUUUAUCAGCUCAUGUGCGUCCCCUGACGUUGUACUGUACACCGUGAUGGAGUGUAACAGCUCAACCCUCUGGAUCGGCCUCUUUGAUUUCAGCGUGAGAGUCUGUAAACUGCUAGCGUGCCAGCUCUGGCUGAGAUUCUGGAGCGGACUCUCACUCGCGCAUUCCCUCGGAAGUAUUGGGCCCUGGCUGCGGGCGCGCGGGGCGGGGUGCGAGGGACGCUCCGUGUGGCCUGGGGGUGCGGACAGCAGUAUUUUGACAAAAUAGGAAGUGGAGAUUAACUUACACUACAUUGUACACGUAAUAACUAAACUGAGUAACAGUGUCACGGGUAAAAUUUUAAACAGGUUAAUUUCUGUCAAACGUAGUAGAUGAGGAAGAAAGUCGGUAUUAAUCAGUAAGUGUUUUCUUAGGCUUUUCCUUUUUCUUGAACCUGCCAUCCCUCCCGACAUCGGGCAUUUGCUUUGUCUUUGAACUGGCCAUUCCUACGGUUACUAACCGAGAAAGUGCUUUUCUUACGGAACCCCUUCUCAGCAGGCAGUGUGCCUCCUUGUACAAAAUCUUCCUUGACGCCAUGUUAGGGGUUUUUUGUGUUUUUUUUUUUGUAGAUUAGUAAAAGUGCAUUCCUAUUUUCACGUUCCUUUAUUCAAAGCUAAUACGUGCUUUCCUUAAUUAGUUUUCUAGUAACUAGAUGUAAAAAUCACGUGUUGCAUCUUUACAGUUUUUAAGAUAUUUUAGAUAUUCUUACUACGGACCUUCGUAACAUCACUGUCUUGCCAGACUCCGCCCCCCUGCACCCUGGCCCUUGCUCUGCCUAACCACGCCCCCUCCCUCCCUCGGGUGUGAGGGUCUGCAAGCCCCGCGCCCGCGCUGCCCAGGUUCCACACGGCUUCCCCACCGGCGGGAGCACGAGGUGGGGCCCUCCGACCACUAGGACAACAUUUUUUAAAUUGACAGUUGCAGAAUUGUGGAGUGUUUUUACAUUGAUCUUUUGCUAAUGCAAUUAGCAGUAUGUUUUGCAUGUACGACUUAAUAAAUCCUUGAAUCAUA